CUGGAAACAUGUCAUGAAGGAAACACCUGCUUUGGGAAAUGGGUCUGUGUCUCUCCAAGGCUCACCCUCAGGCAAUUGGUGUCGCACCUAUCCAAAGCGAAGAAAUAAAGACUCCCUUAGCCGGCCCUGCGUUCUUUGCAUUGAACCACGACCUGGAAGGCAAGAGCUCAUAUUCGUUCAUGAGACUGCAGGACCAAAAUGGAACUCUGGAAGGACAGCUACCGCCUCUUCGAGAACCGCGUUGUAGAAGACACCCUGCAGUAUCCAGAGCCAUGUAUCUUGACAUCCCACUGAAGCAUGAAGAAACAAGUAUUAUCAAAAGGCAUCCACCCCGAAGAAUUCAAAAGCUUGAACCCAUUGACCUGCCACAAGUAAUUACCUCUGAGAGGCUUCUGAGCCAGCAAGAAGCCAGAACAAGGCACAAAGCAAAGCAGGAACUUGAGAAGAAGAUUCAGCUUCCCAGGCACACUCCUCAGAAAAGACAGUAUUUACAUAAGAUGCAGAUGCUGGAGAUGAACCAUAAAAGACAACAGGCCCAGAUGGAGUUGAGGAUGAGUCUUAAUAGUAAAUCCAUACUUGAUAUGCAAAAGCUGAAGGACCAUAACGGCAACAAAAUCACCCAAAACAUACCGAGAAGCGAUGGCUGUGACGUGCUUACCAUAAUCCCUGAUGAAACCAUAAACAGAGACCCAGGAAGUCCACAGGAUGAAGAAUUCUUGGAAUACCACACAGAGAAUGACUAUGGUGUCCAGAAAAUUGGCAAGGUGGAGACAUGGCUCCGUGAACAAGAAACCUGGGGGCAGCUUUUCUGGGGCAGCUCCAGCUCUGACUCAGACAAUCUUGAGGAAGAGGAAAGGAGACCACAAGCACUGGUGAGGACCAAGACAGAGAGGAUCCCAUCUUAUGAUGAGUUUUACGACAGAGAAUAAAAACACUGAACACUACCCGGGGGGUGAGAGCACUGACUACCUUGUUUGUUUGUUUGUUUGUUUGUUUGUUUGUUUUUCAUCAAAAUCACUCAUGUUUGCAUAUGAACUACUCUGAGGGAAGUAACAUACUGUGGUACACAGAAAGGAUGUCACCUGGAGUCUUGCGGUUAAUAGGUUUGUCAUGUAUGAUGUAAGUCUAUGCCUUAAAACUGAGGGGCUGAAACCAAGGUUAUUUGAUUGUCUUACUUUUCUGUGGGGAGCUGGGCUGAGUGGGGUUGUCCUUUUGCUGGU